CUCAGACAUUCCUUCGGGAUACGUAGUGGUCAAUUUAAUUGGUUUCGUCCGAGAGUUAAUCAUGAAUGAUGAUCCGGAACAUCAGUGGAUAGAGAAAAUUCGCACCUCAAGGGCUUCUAAUGAGGCUCGACAAUGUCUUUUCUCCCAACUGGCCGGUGAAUUGCAGCGCAAGUUGAGUCGAAAGGUACUUAAUUUGGGUGGAAAUGCUGUGAUUGGAUAUCGUCUCCACUUCGAUCUCGAGGGGGACACAGGAAUUGUUGCUCGGGCUAUCGGUACAGCAGUCAGACUUCAAAGAUCCUCCUCCAGCAACUCACUUCCAACUCCCAAGAGGUUAGCUUUCUUUUCGUUAUAUCUGCUAUAUCUGAUUUCAUGCAAAAUAAAACGCCGUUUUUUGCUACUCUUGCCUUUAUAG